CAGCAGCAGACAUGUGAGAAGUGAGAGGAAGCAGAAGAAAUGAGAUUUUUUUCUCUUGUAUUUUUGUCUGUUUUUUCUCUGACUGGUGGAUUUGAAGGGAAGCUGUGGAUGCAGUGAUGGAGAAACAGAAAGUGCUGGCCAGGUUAAUGUGGGAUCUUCAGUCCUUCUUGUCUGUUCUGGACUCUGAGAAUCUGAGUUACAUUGCUCAGGCCCAGAAGAAAUCCAUCUCUGAACUACUGGCUAAGCUACAGGAUACACCUGGGGACGAUGCUGAGUACAUGAUCAUGAGCUGCCCAUCUCUGUCUCCCAGCAUGCCGCUCACUGACACAUCUAGCACAGAUGUUCUUGAGUCUUGCUUGACCUCUAAGCGGAACUCCACACUGUGGCAGGGAAAUGGGAGCCAGGAUCUUGUGGCAGUUCCCCAUGGCUCAGGGAGUCCUGAUGAUGAAGAUGAGGAAGAUGAGGAAGAUACAUAUGAGGAGGCUGAGCCCUUCAUACCAGAAUCACACACUAAUACUGCAGAGGGGCUGGAUUCUGACAGCAGCCACUAUGAAUCCUAUGGUGAGGAGGACCAGGAUGAGGAGGUGGAGCAAGGGGAGGAGUUUGUGAAGGACAGGGCACACUACAUCCAAUGGAGUGCCUCUCAACCCUGCCUAAAGCCUGCCCCUGAGUCCCGCCUCUGUGGCUACCUGUGGAGGAAGAAGUGGCUCGGCCAGUGGACCAAACAGCUCUUCGUCAUCAGACACAGCUCUCUGCUGUGUUAUAAGUAUGCUAAGGACCUACUGCCCCAUUUGGAGUCGGACCUACAGGGCUGUCAGGUGGUCUACAAGGCCAAGAGCAGCAGGAAGAUCCAGCAUGAACUCCGAGUCCUACAGGGUUCCCAGACCCUUGUACUGGGAUACAACAGCUACCAACAGGCCCAGGAGUGGAGAAGGGUGAUUGAGCAGGUGAGCAGUGGAGUGGAGAUUCAUACCUCAUCGUCUCUCAGGUCAGACAGACCGCUGUCUUGCAGGUCAAGCCUGGUGAUCCAUGCUUUCUCUGAGGAGGAGAAGCCUUCAACUUCAUGCUGUCUGGACAACCAGGACAAAGGCUUCCUCAAUGUGCUGAUGAACUGCCAGUGGCAGAGUUUGCAGUGCCAGGUGGAGAAGGGUCUCCUGAAGAUGUUCGGAGAGGAGGAGGAGGAAGAGGAGGGUGACAGGAGGAGGAAGAUGGGUGAGCGUCCCCCCCAGUACACGCUCCAACUGACAGGCUGUGAGGUAAAACCUGGACCAGAUACCGAACACUCGUACCGGAUCACACUGUGUCAGCACGGAGACCAGAUUGCCAUACUGGAGGUCAGUAGUUUAGAGGACAGGGAUCGAUGGCUGCAGCUACUACAAGAUGGAGCUGUCAGUCAAAAUCACCAUGACGACAAUCUAAUACAGGGCAGCACAGAUGGAGACCUCAGAAGGCUGAAGAUGAGACACUUUCUCACAUCCAACAUGUACAUGGAUGACCUCUUCCAGCUGAACGGUACAAGCACAUCCCAGCCCAUCUACUCCAAUACCUCGAUAUUGGAGCACAUGCUCCAGAGCUCUCAGGAUGUGACGCAAGGCGACUCAGCGUUGUCCAAGGACUCAGUAACCUAUAACAACACAGUCUUCACCAGCCACAGUGAGUGA